AUGAAAAUCAUGGUGGCCAUCAAGCGAGUCAUAGAUUAUGCCGUGAAAAUCAGAGUUAAACCCGAUAAGACUGGUGUUGAGACCAAUAAUGUGAAGAUGUCAAUGAACCCAUUUUGUGAAAUAGCUUUGGAAGAGGCGCUGAGAAUCAAAGAGUCGGGACUGGCUUCGGAGGUGGUGGCUGUGAGUAUGGGCCCGGCUCAGUGUGUUGACACCCUCCGUACUGGUCUGGCCAUGGGUGCGGACCGGGGGAUUCAUGUGGAGGCACAAGGUACACUUUAUCCACUUUCGGUAGCAAAGAUUCUUAAAGCUCUUGUUGAGAUUGAAAAGCCUGAGCUUCUUGUACUCGGCAAACAGGCAAUUGAUGAUGAUUGCAAUCAAACGGGCCAAAUGAUUGCAGGCCUUCUCAACUGGCCACAAGGGACCUUUGCUUCCAAGGUUGUGCUGGACAAAGAGAAACAAGUAGCAACAGUGGACAGAGAGGUGGAUGGUGGCCUUGAGACUUUGUGUUUAGACCUGCCAGCAGUAAUCACCACUGACUUGAGGCUGAACCAGCCGAGGUAUGCAACACUUCCCAACAUAAUGAAAGCCAAAUCUAAGGUCAUAAAGAAAUUUAAGCCAGAGGAGUUGAAUGUGGAAAUCAAGCCGGACUUGGAGGUUAUUCAAGUGAAUGAACCACCGAAGAGAAAGGCAGGGGUUAUUGUUUCUUCUGUUGAUGAGCUGAUCGACAAGCUUAAAAAUGAAGCUCAUGUCAUUUGA